AUGCUUGCUCCGUUUCUUACUCGGAGGAUUUGCUCGAUUUCUCUAAGACGUUCGUAUGGAACCAAAGUGAUACCAGAGGAGUUGAUACUGGGAGAGAUUGAAAAGGCGGCGGACUGGCGACGGGCCUUCUCGAUAAGUGGGGUGAAUGCUCGGAGUCGCAUUUCGAUACGCAAUCCAGAGACAGCUUCGCUUCUAGCAAAUGCAUUCGUACCGGCCUCUGCAAAGGACAAGGUUGUGAUCGAAGCUUUCCCAGGGCCUGGCGCACUUACGCGUGCCUUGAUGCAGCUACCGAAGGGCAGAAUACGAAAGAUUAUAGUAUUGGAAGACCAUGAGCCGUAUCUGGAAUACCUAAAACCCUUGCAAGAAGCUGAUUCUAGAGUUCAUGUGCUUCCGAUGAACGGUCACGCUUGGGACAGCUAUCACGAUUUGGAGUGCAUGGGACUUUUGGAUAGCGUAGAGAAGACACCAUGGUCAGGAAAAGUUCAUCCCCAUUUGCACUUCAUCUCACAUCUCCCCAUGACCACGAUGGGUGAGCAACUCAUAGCGCAGCUUUUCCGUACAAUGCCAGAACAGCAAUGGUUAUUUAAAUGGGGGAGGGUUCCUAUGAGUUAUGUUAUGCAUCAGUGGGUAUGGGAGCGCAUAUCAGCAGGAAUAAGUGAUACUGCGCGAUGCAAACUGAGCGUCAUUGCGCAAGCUGUGGCUGAAUGCGAGGAGGCAAUUUCAGGAGAUGCUUUAUUGCCAUACGACGAGCACUGGCACCCUGUUUCUCCGAAAAUCGCUUACACGACGAGGCCGGAAAACAGACGCACCGGAACUCCGAUGGUCGCUAUCAACAUUUAUCCGCAUAAGCACCAGUUUAUCAAGAAGGAUAUGUUGGACAAGUGGGACUACUGUCUUCGUCGCUUGUUCGUACUUAAAUCAACUGCACUUAGCUCCGCUCUCAGUCAUCUUGCUCCUGGCGCUGAAGUACUGGGUAAACAAAUCGGCGAUAGAAGUCUUCCAGCCGAUCAACGUAUGGAUAUUAAGAAGAGUAUCCGGAGCAUGUCUGUUCGGGAUUGGGCUGUCCUUGUUGAUGCCUUCGACCAGUGGCCAUUUGCGCCCGAGGAUUUACUAAUCACAGAUUCGUUCACCAGGGAGGAUCGUAUUUAA